UCGGGUCUUGAUUGAUCUGGAGAGGAGGUGUUGUCUUCAGAGGGACCCGCGAGCGAAUUGAGCCAUUCUGCGCUCUGAUGCCAAGCGCACAUGGAGGACUGUGCCAAACACUUCUCUCACCUGGCGAGCGCGCCGUCCACGGAUCUUGGAUUUCCAUUAUAGCAGGACCAUAGAUGUUUAAUUCUAUGCUGUAGGGAUUUUAAAGACAGAAAUUUACAGGACAGUGUUUUGGAAUCAAGGUGAGGCUGUCGGCGGAGUGAUUUUACGCAUCGCUAUCUCAGGCCAAGUUGCUCUUAGUCAUUGCUUCAAAUCAGUCGAGCGCGAUUUAGACUUUUCAGAGAGGUCAAGUGUUAGUUUUUUUUUUGCCGUGAUAGCGAUUAUAUUAACACGAGAGCGGAGUGGAACACACCGGACUGUGGAGGAAAGUUUGGAGAGCAUCGGGGAGCGCGCACACAUCAGUCCGAGUGUCCGUGAGAUGCUGCUGUAAAUGGUGGGGCAAUGUCCCGACGGAAGCAAGGCAAUCCCCAGCAUCUGUCCCUCACACAGAGGGACACCAUACCCACUGCGGUCGAUCAUGAUGUAGGGGCGGAACAGUGCCCAUCAGAGGUGUCUUUAGCCAGCCCUGUGUUCGAAGCCGGAGAGAGCGACCUGCUGACCUGCGGUCAAUGUCAAACCAACUUCCCCCUGGGAGAUAUCCUAGUGUUUAUCGAGCACAAGAGGAGACUGUGCCCCGGACCUGGAGCAUGUUUCGACAAACCGUCAGACUGUGGCGGCUCCCCGUCCCCCAGACCCCCACGUGCAGAAGUGUGCCGGAGGUCUGGACCGGUGGAGGUUGGGAUCCAGGUCACGCCAGCAGAGGAGGAGGAGAAACGACUGACGCCUGCAAGAGGAAUCUGCCCCAAGCAGGAGGGCGUCCCAACAGGAAAAGAUGAGCCCUCCAGUUACAUCUGCACGUCAUGUAAGCAGCCAUUUUCCAGUGCAUGGUUUCUGCUGCAGCAUGCGCAGAACACCCAUGGGAUCCGAAUCUACCUGGACACCCACCCUACUAGUUGUUCACUUACCCCACGCAUGGCCCUUCCUCCACCACUGGGGGCUGAUGCCCUGCCCCGCUCCCCUCUUGCCAGCUUUCUGGGUGAUGGCAGCAACCCUUUUCAACUGUUACGUAUGGCUGCCCCGCUGCUACGAGAGCCACUGCCCCCUGGGUACAUGGAAACCCGCUUGCCAUCUACCCCUUCUUUUGUAAGCCCUCCACCACCCCGCCAUCCUCUGGAACGCCUUGGCCCAGAGGAAAUGGGCCUCCUGUCCCAGCAUCCAAGUGCAUUUGAGAGGGUGAUGCGGCUGACACCUAUGGGCAUAGAACAAUCAAUGGGCUUCUCUCAACGUCUUCGGGAAUUGGCGGGCAACAACAACAAUGGUGGGCCAACCCCUCCUCUUUCCCCUAACUGUGUACCCCCAAUGCAUCGGCUUCUUAGUCCCAGCCUUUUCCAGCAUGGCUCCAAACCUCCACCUUUCCUAACCUCACCUUCACAGCCACAAUCAGUACCAUCCAGAGGCAAUUCCUCACCACCACUAAACCAGGUCGGCAAAGCCAAGUCCUGCGAGUUCUGUGGCAAGACUUUCAAGUUCCAAAGCAACUUGAUAGUGCACAGACGAAGCCACACUGGCGAAAGGCCCUAUAAGUGUCAUCUCUGUGACCAUGCAUGUUCACAGGCCAGCAAAUUGAAGCGCCACAUGAAGACCCACAUGCACAAGUCAGGCUCCAUGGGGAGCUCACCUGAGCAGGGAGGGCAGGACUCAGCCGGAGAAGGGCUUAAGAACAUAGAGGACAGUGGCACAAGGGAAGGAUUGGAUAAUGAGGAGGAUGAAGAAGAAGAAGAGGAGGAGGAAGAAGAUGAGGAAGAACAGCAUAACGGGAGCAGGCCUGAGUCCACCCUGAGCAUGGACUCAGAAUUGAGCAGAAACAGAGAGAAUGGCCCAAGACCUUCACCAGAGGAGAAGCCUCUGGCAUCUGAAAGAGUGACAGAAAACCAAUACAAUAAUCUUGACAAUCACUUGAGACUGCCACCGGGCAGCAGGCCACGCGAAGAGACAGAUGUAGAUUCGGCAGCCAGGGAGAUUGACAGAGACGGACGGCCCAUGGUGAACGGCAGAGGCUGCUAUCCGGAGAAUCCUAUCUCAGCGUUAUUCUACCGGAAGCCCCUGCCUAUUUCCAGUCCCAGCCUCUCUGGGUCAUCCGCCAAGAGGAUCAAGGUGGAGAAGGAUGUGGAGUUGCCACAGGUUCCCAUCGUCUGCCCUGAAAAUGUGUACUCUCAGUUGCUAGCUGGGUAUGCUGCAUCCCACCACUUCAUAAGGGAGCCCUUCCUGGGCUUCAGCGACUCCAGGCAGUCACCUUUCGGCACAUCUUCCGAGCACUCCUCAUCUGAGACAGGCAGCCUGCGCUUCUCCACCCCUCCAGGGGAGAUUCUAGAGGGGGGUGGGAUGUCAGGGCGAAGUGGAAGCAGUACACCACACCUUCAGCUGAGGGGUCCUAGGCCAGGGAGACCACCUAGCUCCAAGGAGAGCCGACGGAGUGACACCUGUGAAUUCUGUGGUAAGGUGUUCAAGAACUGCAGCAAUCUGACCGUGCAUCGGCGCAGCCACACAGGUGAGAGGCCUUACAAGUGUGACUUGUGCAGCUACGCUUGUGCCCAGAGCAGCAAGCUUACCCGGCACAUGAAGACGCAUGGGCAGUUUGGCAAAGAGGUGUAUCGUUGCGAAAUUUGCCACAUGCCAUUUAGCGUGUACAGCACCCUGGAAAAACACAUGAAGAAGUGGCAUGGAGAGCAUUUGAUGACCAAUGAGGUCAAACUCGAGCAGCCUGACAGGGCUUGAAAACAUUUACUAAUGCACUGUAUUAUGGGUUUAGCUGGAUAGUCUUUCUCUUGAAUAGAUUUCUUUUUAGUGAGAUUUCAUUUUUUUUUCUUUUCUUUUUUUUUUUUUUUGACAAAUAAAACAAACUGCCACCUGAGAAACAAGAACACAAGGGAAUGUUAUACUGUUGUUCGAAAAACCCUUCUUGCAUUUCCCUGCAACUAACAGAGGAGUAGUCCAUCACGAAUUCAUGGAGCCUUUCUAAUGUGCAAUAAUUUCUGUAUUUAUUGGAUUAUUUGUUAUUAUCAAUGGCAUGUGCAGGUACAUUAUUGAUAGGUUUCUAAUGCAUUCAGUUCCUGAAAUUAUAUUUCUACACCCUAUCAUAUGAUAUGACGAAUACUGAGAUUUUGGCAUUCAGCCAACUUUCGUGUCUUUAACUAGUUUCCUUAAAGGAAUAAUAUCUGGUAAUUUCUAAAGAAGAGGUCCACUUCUAAAAAUCUGAGAAAGUUUUCAUGUUAUAGUUGCUGUCAAUGGCCCCUUUUAUCUUGUGUGAUAUACAAUAGCUAGACGUAAAGCACCAAAUGUCACUUUGACAAUAAAAUAUUGAACAAAUUUAUGGGGGCAAAAAACCCAGGGAUGUUUUAAGGCAGCUGACAGGCAGUUUGACUGCAUUUGAAUGAUUUUCUGUUGACAACCCUUGAAAUGAAAUGUUCAUCAACCUUGAGAAUGGCAGUGAUGUGCAAAUCACAACAACAAAAUUUCCUCUAUAAUCCUUUAGUUCCUGUGUAUAAACAGUGUUGAGGCAACCAGUGUUGCAUUUAUUCCUGACAUUAUAUUUUCAAAAGUUUUGUUAAACCCCAGAUUUUAAGGUUUACUAAAGUGUUUACGUUCUCUAAUUAACCUCUAUACAUCUCUUCCACCAACAUAAUCUCUUAAUUAAGUUUCAGUACUUUCCAAAACAGGUACAAGGUCAAAUCCUUUCAUAUGAUAAUGGUAUUAUAAUGUGUAUUAUCAUUGUGCAGUUUCCACUAAUUCAGACUGCAUUAAGUUGUUCAGGGAAGCCAUAAGCUUAUUACAUAUCAAAUUUGUAUCAUAGGUAUAUAUGGAUGAUACAAUUGCAGUUUAAUGCUGUAAGAAAUGAUCAAAAGCAAUCUCAAAUUAACUUGAAAUAAAAAAUUAAUUUGCAGGUAUUUGGACACCAAUAUUAAGCCCCUCACCUUCUUACCUGUAGAAUUCAUAGAAACCAUUUGAGCAAACACACACACACGCACACACACACACACACGCAUGUUGGUGCGGCUAUCCUUAUGAGGACUCUCCAUAGACAUAAUGAUUUUAUACUGUACAAACUAUAGAUUAUAUCCCCUAACCCUACACCUAAACCUAACCCUCACAAAAAAACAUUCUGCAUUUUUACAUAAAAUACAAAAACAAAAAAACAAACAUCGUUUAAUAUGUUUUGUUUUUUUUAUCCCCUUUUCUCCCCAAUUUGGAAUGCCCAAUUCCCACUACUUAAUAGGUCCUCGUGGUGGCAAGGUUACUCACCUCAAUCCGGGAGGCGGAGGACAAGUCUCAGAUGCCUCUGCUUCUGAGACAGUCAAUCCAUGCAUCUUAUCACAUGGCUCGUUGUGCAUGACACCACAGAGACACCCAGGAUGUGGAGGCUCAUGCUACCCUCCGAUAUCCACGCACAACUUACCACGCACCUCAUUGAAAGUGAGAAUCACUAAUCAUGACCACGAGGAGGUUACCCCAUGUGACUCUACCCUCCCUAGCAACCGGGCCAAUUUGGUUGCUUAGGAGACCUGGCUGGAGUCACUCAGCACACCCUGGAUUCGAACUCGUGACUCCAGAGGUGGUAGUCAGCAUCAAUACUCGCUGAGCUUCCCAGGCCACCUGUUUAGUAUGUUUUUAAGCGAUUUGAAUUAUGGGGACACUAGAAAUGUCCUCAUAAACCACAUUUAUAGCAUCAUAUCCUUGUAAUUACCAGUUUGUUACCUAAAAAAAAAUGUCCUUGUAAACCACACACACACACAUACACACACACACACACACACACACACACACACACACAUAUAAAU